CAAACGCCAUUUUGUAAAUUUUAGCAUGUAGAGUACCCGUGAAAAUCGUUUUUUUUUACGAAAAAUAAUGAUUUAAACAGUGAUACUCGUAUAUCUUUUUAGUGUAAAAGACAAAAUCCAUCAAGAUGGAUAUGUCGGAAGUAAAAGCGUUCAACGCGGAGUUAUCCGGGUUGUACGACAACAAGCCGCCUAUAUCAAAGGCGAAGAUGAGUGCUAUCACCAGAGGUGCUAUCAAGGCCAUAAAGUUCUAUAAACAUGUAGUACACAGUGUCGAAAAGUUCAUACAAAAAUGCAAGCCUGAGUACAAAGUUCCUGGGCUAUACGUGAUAGAUUCCAUAGUACGACAGUCAAGGCACCAGUUUGGGCAAGAUAAAGAUGUUUUCGCACCGCGCUUUGCCAAAAAUAUGCAACAAACCUUUGCAAACCUCUUUAGAUGUCCGCCUGAAGAUAAGCGCAACAUAAUCCGAGUGCUGAACCUCUGGCAGAAGAAUAAUGUGUUUGGUCCGGACGUGAUCCAGCCGCUCAUGGACAUGGCCGACCCCAACCACCCACUGCACCAGGAGAUACAGCAGCAGCAGAAUGCUAAUGGGAGUUCCAUGAACAUCAGCAACUCUUCGGACAACCGGCCGUCACCUGGGCCCGCGCAGCACACCCCGCAGGGACCCAGCCCUGUUGGCGCACAGUUCCAGGACGACUCCAACCCUCCUCCAUCCGGGGUGAAGUUUAACCGCAAGUUGCUGAAUGACUUCGAGUACGAUAGUGAAGACGAGGCUGAACCACCGCCGCAGCCGCCGCCGCAGCACACCAACCCCGCUGAUGCACUGGGCAGCAUCCUGACGAAUCCUGAGAUAAUGCGGCAACUGCAGAGCCUGCAGGCGCAGAUGCAGAUGAUGACCGGAGUGCCCAUGCAAAAUGUGAUGCCAAUGCAAAUGGAUAUACAAAUGCAAAUGCAACACCAAAAUGUCGGGCUUCCCUUUUUGAGUCAGCCCGAGAUGCCAAAACAGCAAGAAUCCAAAGACGACAAGGCCGAGUCUGACAUAGAGUUCGUUGAAACUGGACCGCAGGUUAUAGAAAUUCCCGAUGCCAAUGAUUCUAGCAGGUCGCCGUCGCCGUCCCGCCGCCGCCGCUCGCGGUCGCCGCGGCGGCGCCGGCGCGGGGAGCGGUCAAGGUCAAGGUCGCCCAGGCGGAGACGGGACAGAGAGAGAGACCGCGACCGUGAAAAGGAGAAAGAGAAGGACAGCGCUAAGACCAGCAAGGAGCGCGAGGCGGAGCGAGAGAGACAGAGAGAGCGGGAGAAGAAGGGCCUCCCGCCGAUCAAGAAGGAAAACCUUAGUGUAUGCAGCACAACCCUCUGGGUGGGCCACCUAUCUAAACUCGCCACACAAGAGGAGCUAUCGGACAUGUUCGGCGCGCACGGCGGCGUGGUCUCCAUCGACGUGGUGGCGCCGCGCGGCUGUGCCUUCGUCGUCAUGGAGAGGAGGAGAGACGCUUAUAAAGCCAGGCACAAGCUGGACAAGCAUAAGCUGCACUCUAAGGAGAUUACGGUGGCAUGGGCGCCCGGCAAGGGCGUGAAAGGGCGCGAGUGGAAGGACUACUGGGAAGUGGAACACGGAGUCAGCUACCUACCGUGGGCGCGGCUGCAGCAGCUGUGGCGGCUCGGCGCGCUCAGCAUGGACGCGUUGGAAGAUGGGGGUUCCGUGGAUGAGGAGACGUUGCCGCCGUGGCUGCCUCCACGGAUCCUCCCCAAGGUGAUGGAUGGCCAGAUGGGCCUGCUCGGGGCCAUGCCGCCCGCCCUGCCCGGCGCCGCAGGAGCUCUGCCACCGGGCCUCAGCGCGGCCAACAUCCCGCUGCCGGGCGGGGUGCCGCCGCAGACCAGCAUGGCUGCUGUACCGCCCAUGACUAUGCCGCCGGGCAUGCCGCCCGGCCUCGCCCCGGGCAUGCCGCCCGGCAUCCGCCCGCCGAGCAUUCCCGGACGAGUCGGUCUACAAGCCACUAGCGCAGGCUUGCCGCCCACAGGUCCCCUACUGGGCUUCCCGCCCGGUAUGCCGCCCACCAGCAUGCCGCCCACACCCGGUAUGGGCGGCAUGCCCGGCUUCCUGGGCGGGCUGAUGGGGCUGGGCGGCAUGAUGCCGUUCGGCAUGGCGCAUCACACGCCGCCGCCGGCGUUGCCGCAACAGCAGAGCGAAACAACCCACACGGACGACGCAAUGGACCUGGACACCGAGGACCAGGGCGACACGCCCGAGAAGGGCGACGGGGGGAUCUCGCUGCCGGAACAGCUCCAAGCGCUGCUCUCGAAGCCGCCACCCAUCUUCAACAGCUCCGAACCGCCGCCGCCAUUCAACGCGUCCGAACCACCGCCAUCAUUCAACAACAUGUCCAUACCGCCCCCAGAAACAGACAAGGAUGAUGAUAAGAAGGGGGAGAGGGACAGGGAUAGGGACCGCAGGGAUAGACGGGAUAGGGGCGAUAGGGAUAGAAGGGAUAGAGGAGAUAGGGAUAGAAGGGAUCGGGAGAGAGAUCGCGGUGGGAGGGAUCGUGAUCGUGACGACGGCCGGCGCGACAGAGACAGAGAGCGCGGGCGCGACCGGCGAGACAGAGACGGAGCGAGGGGCGAGCGAGACAGGGAGACUCGCUUCUCCAAUAGAGACAAUAACACCGACAAACCCCGCGACAAAUCGCCCCGCGCCGCUACCGAAGGCGGCGCGCCCGAGAAGACCCUACAAGAGCGCCUAUGGGAGAUGGCCAACGGCAAGCCGGCCAAUCAGCAGCGAGACGACGACAAGCCCGACCAAUCACAGCCGAGUUUCGAUGCGGUUCAAGAUGACGCGGUUGAUAUGGAUGCGAGGCAUGAUGGCGGCCGGCAUAACAUGGAUAUGAUGGGCCGACGGCCGCCCAGUCUGUUGGGGGAUGCGCCGGACAUGAGCAAACAAGACGACAGUGGCUGGACGCAGCUGCCGCCGCCGCGCCCCGCGCCGCCGCACAUGCCGCCCAACUUCCGAGCCGAACUGAGACUGAGGGGACCUAGAGCUCCGGUCAGAGGACCGUGGAUGGGACCGGAAGGGCCCGGCAACUUCGGGCCUCGCUUCAACGGCAUGGGCCCCCCGCCGUUCAACCGACCCCCCUUCGAGAGACCCCCCUUCGACGGCCCCCCGCGCUUCAACCGCAUGCCCUUCGACGGCCCCAGACCACCGUUCGAUGGACCGCCGUUCGAUGGACCGUUCGACGGUCCUAGGCCAGGCUUCGACGGACCGCCGUUCGAAGGCGACAUGCCGUUCGAUGGACCUCCGCGCUUCGACGGUCCUCCAGAGUUCUUCGACAGAAACAACCGCAGGUUCGAUGAUAGGGAACAACAGUUUGGGGAUAGGGGGUGGAACGGGGAUAGGGGGAGGGGAGAGUGGGACGACAGGCGCCGCGACCGCCGCAGCGACCGAAGUGAAGACCGCUACAGCCGCGAGCGAGGAGACAGAGGUGAUAGGGGUCGCAGGAAUUUUGACGACAGGAAGGAUAGCCGGGGCAGAGAUGGGUCCAGGGAAGCCGACAAACCUCCUAAGGAUGACAAGGAUAAACCAAUGGACAUAGCAAAGGAAGCUAAAGAACCAGCCAAGGAAGAGGAGAAGGAGCGAAGGAAGGAGAGGAGGGAAAGAGACAGGAAGUCUAGGUGGGGAGCCCCUGAAGAUGUGGUCGUCCAACAGGAACCCCAGCUCACUGAGGACUCUUCCACGCAGGACACUGCGAAGGAGGUGUCUGAAGUGCAAUCAGAGAGUAUGGAUACGGGAAUCGAACCGGAGAAUGUCAUGACGGAAAGCACUAUCAAUGAGAAAGAAAUGGCAGCGAUUGACACCGAAAUCGAAAAGGAAUCGAAGAGUGUUAGCAGCGGUAGUCUAAAUGAGAAUAAAUUCGGCGAAGAUUCGCAGGAGAACACGCAAUCGUCCGCUCCGUCCGGACCUCCGUCUAACAUCAAAGAUGACAGUGACAAAACAGAUGACCGAGGUGAUGACAACACGGUAGACACUUCCACCAGCGAAGGAAACUAUGCAGACGCCGAAAAAGAAACGAGCACAGAAACCGGCAAUGAGAGAGAGAACUACAGCCGCGAAGACAGCCAAGACAGCUUGAUGAGCAGUAAAGUACCGAGCGUCGAGCCUAAAGAAAUAGAAACGCCAGUGGAUACGCUAAUGUCAGUUGUGUCGUCGGAACCGGACAGCACUCGCGACGAUAUCGAACCAGUAGACACGGGCUACUCCGACUCUAAAGCUGCUGAGAAAGACUCGCCGACAGAGUCAUCCAUAGACGACAAAGAACAAAGUGUUGAAGGCUACGGAUCAGACAUCUUCACCGAAGACAAAAGCCAAGAUUCCACGGAGGAAGAAACCAGGGAAAGCUUAGACACGGCUUGACGAAAUACACAAAUCAAAUUUGGAUAUUUCCUACGAUAAUGAUUCGGGUGACGGACCGUUCGCUCCGCCUCAGCCGAGGCCCAGUGUUAGAUGUUUAUUGAAUAAGCAACACCAAUAUUCCUUAAGUGUAAUUUAUAGUAAACCGGCGCCUAUGCUAGCCUGACGCCGACCGAGUAACACCAAAGAUGAAUUUUAUACAAAGACGAAAUAUAUCAGUGCCUUAUUGGUUACGAUGUGGUUUUUUGUUCGCCAAUGAGGCAAGGGAGCUAUAUGAAACCUUUGACAGAUGAUUUGGUAUGUCUCUCGGAGGAGCGGCGACUCUUCGGUGCGACGAGAGGAACGCGCCCGGGCGGUCUAGUGAGCGACCCGGGCCAGGUACGGUGGCUACACAUAUUACAUUGUAUACAUGCAACGCCGACGGGAACAAACGUGCAUUAACUAUGUUCACAUCUUUAAAUGUAUCCGAAAAAGUGUUUGCCAUUUCAUUCAUUUUGUUUCUUGAUUAUAUUCAAGCACAGUUUGUACUCGACGGUAGUUAUUUAUCACUUGCAAUGCCGCGUCAAAAUUGAUUGUAAACUUCACUUGUAAUUUUGAAAAUGUAUUUCACUUGUAACAAGGUUAAAUUUGGAAUAAUUUGCUAUUGUGCUGAGCUUAUUUUGACGCGGCAAAUAUCGCUAGCAAUGUGUGCAAUCACCUCGAGCCGACUGUCACCCGAAUCAAGGAUCGUUGGAAGAUAUCUGCGGAGCGCGAACAGUAUCGCGCAUCACUGCAACUGUAGUUAGCUCUUAGGCGGAACUCCAUUUAGUUUUAUUAUUGUAGAUGUCGGCACACGACAGAUAGGUUUUAAUUUACUUGUUUUACUAUUUACUCUUACUAUGUGGUGGUUAGCUGUAACUUGUAAACUAUGCUUAGUUGUUUUCUCUUCAUGAAUAUAUCAAAUUUAUAAUAUCUCUUCAGUUGACUCUAACCUCAAUAAGGUUUUAAAUUAACAUGAAAUUGUAACAAAAUUAUCUUACUGCAUAUUUUAUCGAUCGAUAUAACACUUAUUAGAAUUAAUCUAGCCAAUUGUAGUCAUUCAUCACAUUUAAUAUGCUUAGGUUAUUCUGAUAAUUAGAUGCGGCGAAGCUAUGUAUAUGUUUGAGAAGAUUGUUUAUAUGUAUAUGUAACAUAAAAAGCUACAUAGGGAUUAAAAUUUUCAAGAAUAUUAUUCGUGAUUGGUCACGUUACCGAUUGCACUAUUCAUUAGAAUUAUCGAAACAUUACUAUGUAGAUAAGCUAAUACAUAAAUUGAAAUGCAUGCUUCAAUUAUGUAACUUUGUGCUUCAAAUAAAUCUUUCUAAAAUGUC